GACUAGACCACACUUCAGAAUAGGCUACGGUACUCUACCGCUCACAAGGACGUUUUUCUUUUGUAUUUCGCGUUUUUUCUCUUUUUCUUUAAUACAGACGUGUGUUCUUGACUGUUACAAAUAUGAAGGAAAGGAGAAAUCAACAACCGUUGGUGGUGAGAUGUAAACUGGUUCUUGUUGGGGAUGUUCAAUGCGGAAAAACUGCGAUGUUGCAAGUCCUCGCGAAGGAUUGUUAUCCAGAGACUUAUGUUCCCACAGUGUUUGAGAACUACACAGCGUGUCUGGAACUUGAGGAGCAGCGUGUGGAGCUCAGUCUGUGGGACACGUCAGGUUCUCCCUACUAUGACAAUGUGAGGCCUCUCUGUUACAGUGACUCUGACGCGGUGCUCCUCUGUUUUGAUAUCAGCCGCCCAGACACCUUCGACUGUGGGCUCAAGAAGUGGAAGACAGAGAUCUUAGAUUUCUGCCCCAGCACACGCAUCCUUCUCAUUGGCUGUAAGACCGACCUGCGCACAGAUGUCUGCACCCUGAUGGAGCUGUCCAAUCAGAAACAGGUCCCCAUCACCCAUGAGCAGGGUUCCUCCAUGGCCAAGCAGCUUGGUACUGAGGCCUACCUGGAGUGUUCAGCGUUCACCUCGGAGAAGAGUAUCCACAGUGUGUUCCGUACGGCCUCUCUGGCUUGCAUCAACAAGCUCCAGCCCCUCCCCAAGACCAGCCCCACUCAACGCUUAUCCAAGAGGCUCCUCCACCUCCCCAGCCGCUCCGAGCUGCUAUCCUCCACCUUCAAGAAGGAGAAGACCAAGAGCUGCUCCAUCAUGUGAGUGGAGACCCGGGCGGGGGGGCUUUCGCUCCCUUCCAACACACUGCUCCGAUUCCCCAGAACCCCUUGACUGUUUGGUUCGGGGAAGGUGUGGUUGGUUUCAUCACGAUAGCUUUAUCAUGAGAAGGCUCUUCCUCCAUGCUGCCCCCCCCCCGCCCCCAAAGUCAAAUAAACUCAGAACAGGUGGACACCUUGUCCUGAACUACUCUUCAGUGCAUAUCUCAUCUUUUUCACUACUGUAUCUUGGCUUUUUGAUCAUCAGAAAACCAUUUUUCUCACCUGUUACAGUAACGGUAUGCAACCAUGAUGGUGUGACAUCACUACUAUUUAGGAACAUGUUGAUUUGUCCAAAUUGGAGAAAUGUGCAACGUGUGACAAAGCUUUAACAUUGGGAUGUAAAAAUGCCUCUCAAGACAAUUAAAUACCUAUUUAAAAAACACAAUUGAGCAUGAUAAUAUCUCAGACAUUACUGAAAAUUGUAUCCCCUCUGUAUUACAGAGUGUCAACUAUAAGGUGUAGCAACAUGAGCAAAUCAGUGGUCAAACAGUGUUUGUGCUCUUCUUGAUUAAGGCCCAACGGGGGCUGACUGAUGAGAGAGAUGUGGAGAGAGGAGUGUUUGAUGGGAUCAUUGCAUGAACAGAGGGCCAUUACAUUUCUCAUUGUCUCGGCCGUGAGGAGAGGAGGUCUUGAAGGAUAAGGGCUGAUUACGUGAACAGGAAGGUGUCAGGCAGACAGACAAGCAGGCAGGCGGACGAACGGACAAGCAGACAGGCAGGCAAGCAGGCAGACCAACAUGCAGGCAGACAGACACCAGUGUGAGCCAUCUGCUCUCAGUCAGUGAAGUACCAGGUUACAGAGGAAAAGUACAGAACAGAUGGAUAUUGGAGCUUUGGGAGAAGAAAAGAGGGAAGUUACAAAACAAUGUGAAUGUACUGGUGCUUCCAGAGAUAGAAAACAAUGUGAAUGUACUGGUGCUUCCAGAGAUAGAAAACAAUGUGAAUGUACUGGUGCUUCCAGAGAUAGAAAACAAUGUGAAUGUACUGGUGCUUCCAGAAAUAGAAAACAAUGUGAAUGUACUGGUGCUUCCAGAGAUAGAAAACAAUGUGAAUGUACUGGUGCUUCCAGAGAUGGAAAACAAUAUGAAUGUACUGGUGCUUCCAGAGAUGGAAAACAAUGUGAAUGUACUGGUGCUUCCAGAGAUGGAAAACAAUAUGAAUGUACUGGUGCUUCCAGAGAUAGAAAACAAUGUGAUUGUAGCUGAGAAUUGUCUGAUGAGGAGUGCUUUGAUGAAGAAAAAAACACUUCCAGGGAGUAGGGUAUUGUUUCAAUCGGGGCCAUAGGCACAACACAGUUUAAUGCAGCUCUGUCAAGAGAUUUGUGAAGUUACAUCUGGUAAUGUUUGGCAGGUCAGUGUUGCAAUUCCUUGAGGUGAUUAUUUACAGGACUGUCUGUUUGAAACUAGAAGAUGCUGCUUAAAAACUUGGCUGAAUCCACUGGGGAAAUGUGAUGUCCAGUUCACAAAAUCCUACCACAGAAGAACGUGUAGCAUCACAGUAUUGGUAUUUUGAUAAUCAACGAUGAUCAAACAGUUUACAGUUUCCAUUAUACCAUUCAAAAAAUAACCCCUAAGUUUCAAUCCUGAUUUUUGGAAAUAUGGCUGUUGAUGUAUUUAAUUUCAACAAUGUAGCACUCCACUUCAUUUAGUCUCCUCUCUUCCUAAAUAUUUCUACUCUUCCUUCCCUUUCUCUCGUUGUUCUGUUACACCUCAAGUCCCAGCAUCAUGGAGGGCAGUCCAGUCCAAUGUGUCACUAAACUAGGACCCUUUUUCAGCUUUAAUAGUUUGCUUCUUGGUUAUAAUUGUGUGUGUGCAGUACAGCAUUGAUCUACUCGGCUUUAACUAUCAAGCAAUAAUGAUUUAAGUGAUUGUCAUGCAAAGUCAGCUGAUCGAGUGGCCAAUAUAUCCUGCUGCUACUCCAUGGAUAUACAUACAGUAUGGCAAAACAAACUGAACCAUCCUUUCUGCUGUAGAAUCAAGAUGGCGUCCGAUCUGGUUCCACUUUCCCUUCUUCUGUCUCGUCAGUAGCCACGGGUAUGUAAGGUAACCAAUGACAUCUCUCGCUGUGCCACUAAAGAGUUUGGAAUUUGAGUAUGAAGAGGAAUAAUGCUAUUUGAAGAUGUCAGUGGGUCUAUGCUAUCAGUUGUGAAGUAUCGUUGGGAGACGAGUGAGUUAAAGAAAUGAGACUGAGAGAAUCUGGUUUUAAACAUUCGGCUCUAGUCACUGUUGGCACUAAUGAAGCUUUUUCCAUUGAGGUACGUUAUGUGGAAGCCUCCUAACUUUUAACACUUUUAACAAUCAAUGUGUGAAAAGGGGCUAGGGUAUAUGGAAAUAUAAUAUCUGGAAAUAUAAUAUCUGGAAAUAUUUUGGGAUGUAGAGGAACUAGUAAUAAAAUAAAAAUAUGCAGGCUGGCCGAAGAAAGAAGGCGUUUCCUCCAUGAUUCAUUUUGGGGUUUGUGUGUUUUUAUUUUGGCAUUAAAGCUUGAAUUGAAUCCUUUUGUGUAUGUGUGUGUGACUGAGACAGUGUUUGUUAACCUAUGUGGUGAGCUGUGGACGACCCCCAUGGUGGUCAGUCAGUCUGUGAUUGAUUUGCACAAAGGCUCUAGGUCGUUGGUCACACACUGGAAAUCCUCAGCAUUGCCUAGCAACAGUUCAACACAGGAAACCAAUCCAGACUCAGAAUGGCUCAUCGGUUGGUUCGUUGCACAGAUAAGGAGGGCGUAACGUACAAGGAGACAUUUCCACAGUCAAUGGAAGUGCAGAUUCUGCUUCUACCUCAAGGGUUGAUCGGAAUUUGGAUUCAGAAUAUUUUUUCUUGAGUUUCCUUAUAAUUGUAAGUUCCAAACUCAUACAGGGGCUCAGAUCUUGGAUAUAGAAACAAUUCAUGGAUCAUAUCAGUUAACAUGCAGGCAGUCAUUGUGUAGUGCAGCGAGUGUGUGGUACAUUGGUGCAGUCCUGCUCCUAGCAUGUGCUGUUAUAGUUUGAUUGUACAAAUCUUAUUUUAGAAUAAGUGUAAAAACAUUAAUGAAUGUCGCAGGGAAAUGUUUGAUUCAAACGAUGAAAGACAAAUAUGUUGUUGUUGAUGUGAAUAUUUAUUUGAUAGCUAUUAUAGCUAUUAUUAUUUUUGUAGCUUUUUUGGUUGAGAUGUAUAUUUGUUUAAAUUCUAUUUUGGCCAUUGGACUUUCUGUCCUUUAUUUUGCUCUGUUAAUAAAGCUUGUGACUGGUA